CAGGGGGCGGGCGGCGGCGCCAAGCGUGCGGCUCAGUUGAAUGUGCCGGGGCGGCGGCUGUGUGAGAACAGUGUUUUAGAAUGCCAAAAAUGAUCGUGGAAAAAAAAGAAAAGAAGGCAGAAAAAAGAAAAAAGCUGAAGGAAGAUGUGGCCCAAAAGGAUGAGCUGGAAUUGGAAGCCAAACCAAAGAAGAAGAAGAAGCAAAAGCUGCAGGUUACAAAAGAAGAGGAAGAGCUUAUUGCAGAGGAAGAGGAAGAACUUACUCCAGAGGAAAAGAGGAAACUGGAAAGAAAAUUAAAAAAAGAGCGCAAGAAGAAGGAGAAACAGCUGAUGAGAGAAGCUGGAAUCCCCAUAAAAAAGGUGGAGCCCAAAAAGCCAUCGGGAUGUGAGCGAGCUCUGGCCUAUUUAACCAGCUGGUCUAAAAACCCAGAAGAAUGGAAGUUUCAGAAGACAAGACAGACAUGGCUUCUCCUGCACAUGUAUGAUAAAGAGAAGGUUCCAGACAAGUAUUUCACCAUUUUACUGGAUUAUCUGCAAGGGCUUCAGGGCAAUGCACGAGACAAAACUGUGCAGAAAGCUGAAGCUUUUAUGAAGGAAUUUGAUGGUUCUGAUGGAGAAGACCCAAACCUGCUGGGGAAGUGUGAGCGCAUCAGACAAGUUCUACAACUGCUGUCCUGAGAGUAUUUCUGUGUCAUAAUUGUUGUCUGGUGGAGGGAAGGAGAGCAUGUCACACACAGAGGCUGUAAAGGAUUUGUAAAGAUAAUGCUAAAUUUUAUACUCGUAAUUUUUUCCAAUUGAAAAUAUUUAUCAUGUUUUGAGGUGAUGAAAUAAAAAUAACUAUAUAGCCCA